UCUCGCCGUCCUCUCUUCCAUGCACACACUCCCUUGCUACAGUACAUGUUGUCUCUGCAAGUACUGACUGUACGCCCCCAGUUCCUGGCCUCUUGGGCCUUGGCUACCUUUGUUGCUGCAAAUCUUUGUUGGUUGCUUCCGGCUAUCAACUCCUGUCUAUACACUGCACCUUCCGUUUGGAUCUCCUCAGCUCAGCACACCUCCACUCUCACUCUAGCAGAAUAAGCCACCUUGCUCUCCCUCUCUCAUCCCUUGUUGCGUUUGCAGAAUUGCAGUGCGUUUGAUUCGGAGCUUGUGUAUUAAUUCGGCCUCGUUUCGUACACCAAUUAGCCGGUAGAUCCAGCACUGUUACUGCUACUGUUGGCUGCCGCUGCUACCACCUCGCUGCUUGCAAGAAAACGCCCGCGGAAGGAGAGGGACAGCAGGCCGGGGAGGGAAGCCGAGCUCACCAGCCCAGAAUAGCGACCUGAGUGCGUGUGAAAGGGAAGGCUCCAGCUUAGGCAGAGGCGGUAGCUAGCAACCUAGCUAGGCGAGAGGGGUGGAGAGCUAAGGCAAGCUAAGCAGCAGCUGAGUAGAGGCGCGAGCAGGAGAGGUCGGCGCCGGCGUCGCCAUGGACUGGGAUCUCAAGGUGCCGGCAGCGUGGGACUUCGCCGAGCUGGAGCACGACGCGGGCGCGGCGGCCGCGGGGCCGUCUGGAGGCCACGCCAAUGCUGCCACCGGAUGCCGCCCGCCCGGGCCCGAGUGCUCGGUCGACCUCAAGCUCGGCGGGCUGGGCGAGUGCCAGUUCGGCGCGGCGCUGGCCGCGGACCGCCGCAAGGAGCCCGCCGCGGCGGGGAAGCAGGCCCCCGCCGGGGCGGUGGCGUCGGCGUCGUCGCCCGGACUUGGCGCGGCGAAGCGGCCGCGCGCGCCGGGCGGCGGCGGUGGCGCGGGGCAGCAGUGCCCGUCGUGCGCGGUGGACGGGUGCAAGGCGGAUCUGAGCAAGUGCCGCGACUACCACCGGCGGCACAAGGUGUGCGAGGCGCACUCCAAGACUCCCGUCGUCGUCGUCGCCGGACGCCAGAUGCGAUUCUGCCAGCAGUGCAGUAGGUUUCACUUACUUGUGGAGUUUGAUGAGGCCAAGCGCAGCUGUAGAAAGCGCCUAGAUGGGCACAACCGUCGCCGCAGGAAGCCACAGCCAGAUACCAUGAUUUCUGCAAGCUUUAUCACGACUCAACAAGGGACACGAUUCUCACCAUUUACAACUCCGAGACAGGAGUCGAACUGGCCAGUGGUAAUCAAAACUGAGGAGAGUCCAUAUUACACUCAUCAGAUCCCUUUAGCCUCCAGCAACAGGCAGCAUUUUGUCGGCUCCACGUCUGCUUACACCAAAGAAAGCCGUCGGUUUCCUUUCCUGCAGGAGGGUGAAAUAAACUUUGCCACCGGCGGCGUGCUGGAGGCUCCAGCUUCAGUGUGCCAGCCUCUCCACAAGACAGUAGCUCCUCCCGAGAGCAGCAGCAAGAUGUUCUCUGAUGGGUUGACUCGAAUGCUUGACUCGGAUUGUGCUCUCUCUCUUCUGUCAGCUUCGGCUAACUCCUCAGGCAUCGACGUCAGCCGCAUGGUCCGGCCGACCGAACACGUCCCCAUGGCUCAGCCCCUGGUCUCCGGCCUGCAGUUCGGCAGCUCGUCAUGGUUCUCGCGCCCUCAGGCUUCCACCGGCGCCGUCUCGACGACGACCGGGUUCUCCUGCCCGGUGGUGGAGAGCGAGCAGCUGAACACCGUGCUGAGCUCGAACGACAACGAGAUGAACUACAACGGGAUGUUCCACGUCGGCGGCGAGGGCUCCUCGGACGGCACCUCCUCGUCGCUGCCCUUCUCGUGGCAGUAGUUUUCAGUAGCUGUUCAUUCAGUAGCGAUGUUCUUCGAUUUAGCGAUCAGCGAUUCAGAAUUGUUUCUGUUCUUUUUGCAUUCCUUUGCUUAUCUUGAUUAAUUCUACUCGCCAACAUUUGUGUGGACAACUUGAGCAUAAAAUCAGUGCUAGU